UUUAAAUUUGACAAUCAGCUGUUCUCUGGAACUUAUUGUUGUUAUUUUGGUUUAAAUUUUUUUACAAAAUUAUGGUUGAAUCUUGUUCUGCCAUCAAUUGCACAAAACGCAGAAAAAAAGGGGUAAAAUUAAAGUUUCACAGAAUCCCAAAAGACCCCAACUUUCGGCAAGCCUGGCUACAAGCUUUGGGCCGUAUGAAUUUUCAUCCUACAGAACGAAAAGUCGUCUGCGAAAACCACUUUACCGAAGACGACUACGAAAUAAACUCGCACGGCAAUAGGGUCCUAAAAAAAGGCGCAGUACCUUCAAUUUUUAACAUCAGUUACCAAACAAUGCUAACUGAAAUCAGGACAGUUGAACCAGGCAUUGAAAUCACCGUACCGAUAAUCAAACACGAAAUAACUUUGGCAGAGAAAAAAGAAAGAAUGCUUAAAAAUUUAUAUAGAAUUGUACACAGCAUCAAUACAGAUGAAGAGUUUGAGGCCCUAGAAGGCGUUGCCACUUCAAUGGAGCUGACAUUGAACGCUAUACAAGAAGGAUACGCUAGUUAACACACCAAAUAUUCAAUUAUUAUUAUUUAUUAAAUAUAUUAUUAUAGUCUUAA